AUGACUGUGGUGUCCCAGGACAAUCGCGAGGAGACUGUGGUGGUCACUCCGUCGUUGCAAGAUGCUGCUGACCUGGAGCAAGCGGACCAGGAGUGCAGCGAGAGGGUGGUCAUCAACAUCAGCGGCCUGCGGUUCGAGACGCAGCUCAAGACCCUCUCGCGCUUCCCGACCACGCUCCUGGGAGACCCGCGCAAAAGGAUGCGCUUCUUUGACCCCCUCAGGAACGAGUACUUCUUUGACAGGAACAGACCGAGUUUUGACGCCGUUCUGUACUAUUACCAGUCAGGAGGGAGGCUUAGGAGGCCGGUGAGCGUGCCCGUGGAUAUUUUUCUGGAGGAAAUAAAGUUUUAUGAGCUCGAAAGAGAGGUCAUAGAAAGUUUCAAAGAGGACGAGGGGCUGACGAGAGAGGAGGAGCGCCCGCUGCCUCCAAACGCGUGCCAGCGCCAGCUGUGGCUCCUGUUCGAGUAUCCAGAGAGCUCAGGACCCGCGCGGAUGAUUGCUAUCGUGUCAGUGAUGGUCAUUUUGAUAUCCAUCGUUAUAUUCUGCUUGGAGACGCUACCCGAGUUCAGAGAGGUCCCCCCAGUGCCUGACAAGCACCCCAACGGGAGCGCGCAGGGAAAAGAGCCCAGCCCGUUCACGGAUCCGUUUUUCAUGGUGGAGACACUUUGUAUUGUGUGGUUCUCUUUUGAAUUCACCAUGAGGUUUUUAACCUGUCCCAGUAAAGCAGUUUUCUUUAAAAACAUCAUGAACCUCAUUGAUAUAGUGGCCAUAGCGCCGUAUUUCAUCACCCUUGGCCUUGAUCUGGCAGAGCAUCAGGGAAGCAGCCAGCAGGCCGCCUCUCUGGCCAUACUAAGGGUCAUUCGUCUAGUCCGUGUUUUCAGGAUUUUUAAACUGUCUAGACACUCCAAAGGCCUGCAGAUUCUCGGCCAAACGCUUAAGGCUAGCCUCAGAGAGCUGGGACUGCUGAUAUUUUUCCUGCUCAUUGGAGUGGUUUUAUUCUCCAGUUCAGUUUAUUUUGCCGAGGCGGAAGAUCCCGACACUGGAUUUACUAGUAUUCCCGAUGCCUUUUGGUGGGCUGUGGUGACAAUGACCACAGUCGGCUAUGGAGACAUGUGUCCAUCCACCAUCUGGGGCAAAUUCGUCGGAUCCUUGUGCGCAAUCGCCGGAGUGCUGUCCAUAGCUUUACCUGUUCCCGUGAUCGUUUCCAAUUUCAACUACUUCUACCACAGAGAGAACGAAGAGGAGGAAAAUGUUCAGUACGUCCACGUGACUUGUGGGCAGCAGGAACGCCAGCCCUCAAUAUGUUACAGUGACUCAAUCAAAAGUAUCCAGUCGCUCUCCAAAACGGACUCCUAUCAGGAGAGCGACGAAUUGGAGACUCUGACCCAUAAAAAUGAGCCAGAGGAACUUGUGGCGGCGUCCUUUAGUAUAGCCGGUCUGCAUUGCGUCGAAACCCUCCAACUCCUCCUCCUGCUGCUGCCCUCCCUCUCCCCUCCUGCCUUUUCCUUCGCCUCCCCUGCACUUGCAUGUGGCGGUGAGAACAGUAAGGCUCUGGAGUCUUUAUUUGGACGCAUUCAAGACCUCUCAAGAUCAAGCCAUGAAGCAGCAGCAGCAACUGCUGCAGAUGCACCGGAGAGCAGCAAUGGUCAAGUCAGCGAGAGCCGCAGUGGAGCCGCACUGAGGCAGAGCAGCCAACCACCCCCCUUGCAACUGGGGACGCCUCCAACAAUCUGAGGGGUGUGGGAAGCUGAGGAGUGGAAAUUUUCUCCCAAUCCUGAAUGCCCGCUCAGUCAGACUAACCGACACCCCGACCAAAUUCCUCAUUUUCCUCUUUCACAUCGCCCUCCUCUUUCCAAAAUGACUGUAGUAGCAGGGGAUAAUAUGGACGAGACCUCGGCUGUCCCGGGCCACCCGCAGGACACCUACCCCCCGGACCACAAUGACCACGAGUGCUGCGAGAGGGUGGUCAUCAACAUAGCCGGCCUCCGAUUUGAAACACAGUUAAAGACUCUCUCGCAGUUUCCGGAGACGUUGCUGGGAAACCCCAAAAAACGGAUGAGGUACUUUGACCCUCUGAGAAAUGAGUACUUCUUUGACAGAAACCGCCCCAGCUUUGAUGCCAUCCUGUACUACUACCAGUCUGGGGGGCGACUGAGAAGGCCAGUGAAUGUCCCUUUGGAUAUGUUCUCCGAAGAAAUCAAGUUUUAUGAGCUGGGAGUGGAUGCGAUGGAGAGAUUCCGUGAGGAUGAGGGUUUCAUCAGGGAGGAAGAGCGUCCUUUACCUGAGAAGGAGUUUCAGCGUCAGAUCUGGCUCCUCUUUGAGCACCCUGAAAGCUCAGGCACAGCAAGAGGGAUUGCCAUUGUGUCUGUGAUGGUAAUUCUCAUUUCAAUAGUCAUAUUUUGUCUAGAGACACUACCACAGCUGAAGGAGGACCCAAUGGGUCGUUUCGAGAGAGUGGGGAACAUUACUAUUUAUUAUAAACCAAAUAUUCUCACUGACCCCUUCUUUGUCAUUGAGACUCUCUGUAUAAUCUGGUUCUCCUUUGAGUUGAUUGUACGUUUCCUGGCAUGUCCAAGCAAACCAGCCUUCUUCAAGAACAUGAUGAACACUAUUGACAUUGUGGCCAUCAUCCCUUAUUUCAUCACACUUGGCACUGAGCUGGCUGAAGACCCGGAAACCGAGGGGGUGGGGGAGCAAGCGACAUCUCUAGCAAUACUCAGGGUUAUCCGUCUGGUCAGGGUGUUUAGGAUCUUCAAAUUGUCACGACACUCCAAAGGACUUCAGAUUCUGGGGCAGACCCUCAAGGCCAGCAUGCGAGAGCUGGGAUUGUUGAUCUUCUUUCUGUUCAUUGGAGUCAUCCUGUUCUCCAGUGCUGUCUACUUUGCUGAGGCGGAAGAGCAAGGAUCUUACUUUGGCAGCAUCCCAGAUGCGUUCUGGUGGGCUGUUGUAUCCAUGACAACUGUGGGCUAUGGGGACAUGGUCCCGGUCACUAUUGGGGGCAAGAUUGUAGGAUCUCUGUGUGCCAUUGCUGGAGUGUUGACGAUUGCACUCCCAGUGCCUGUCAUUGUGUCCAACUUCAACUACUUUUACCACAGGGAGACCGAAGGAGAGGAGCAGGCCCAGCUGCUCAACGUCAGCAAUCCAAACAUCCCCUCUGAAACCAACUCCAGCCGCCGUAGCUCCUCUACCGUCAGCAAGUCCGAGUACAUGGAGAUCGAUGGAGACAUCAACAAUAGCAUUGACAAUUUUAGGGAGGCUAACCUUAGAACUGGCAAUUGCACUAUAGCCAAUCAAAACUGUGUAAAUAAAAGCAAGCUACUCACGGAUGUUUAGACGCCAGUUAGUAACUUAAACAACUCUACUGGACUGUCAAAUCUGGAGUAGACCAUCCAUUAGGAAUGCUUCGUUUAACUACCCAAAGCACUCUAUGGCAGUAGGCCUACAACUAUGCUCAACUCUACAGAAAGGAAACAGAAAAAAAACAAAGCUGUUAAAGUAUAUGCCAUGUAGAUAGAAUUAUUCAUUCUGCGGAUCCAACAAUUAUAUACUUACGACAAAGACAAAACAUCCAUUAUUACACAUAUACAAGGCUCCCUAGAGGACACAGAGCAUACCCUGUCUUAUCAGAUGACAGCUCGACAAUUAAAUUCUUAUGCAUGGAGAACAGAUAACAUUUCAGCAAGUUGCACAAUGCACCAGAAGCGACUGCAGACAUGCAAGCCUCUGCAGCCAAGUGGUAACCGCCAAGAAGUUAGAUGACCUCCUCACCACCCACCCUCCUCCCUCCUCUCACCCCUGCAAAGGAUCUUGUACUCAGCGAAGCACCUUAUGGAAGGAAGACUGAUCUCUCUUCUUUGGAUGUAAACAGAUGGUGAUCUGCUUGCCUCACGGACAUCUGCAGUGCUGCUGUUUUCCAGCAGUUGCCGUAAUUGUGUUAUCACCAAGUGAUUCAAUGCCAUGCCCUUUAGAUGCAACACAGCACAAUGAUAAAAGUGAGCUUCACACGAGCAUGAUUUAGAGACUUUCCAUUUUGAUAUCGGCAUGCAUGAGACAUAUGUCACAUACUAGAAAGAUGUUCUUUUGGAUAUCUGCCUUCAUCUCCCCCUUCUCAUAUGUUUUCAUACUGAGUGCACUGGACGACUUUUUAAUUUGAAAUGUUACUCAUUUAGAAGUAUAGAAACUGAAUGUUAAAAUCUUAAGGGGACAGUACAUAAAUGAGAUCAUAGCAUGAAAAAAAAGUAACCUGCAUUAUGGCCUAUCCACUAAGGUACUUUUGUAUCCUGGUAUAUCUAAUGCAUGACACGAGUAUACAGCUUGUUGCAAUUCAAUCACUCUGCAGUGCCCUAUCGUCAGGGAAACUGAGGAAAUAAAAAAUCUGGGUGUUUAUGAAUUGUCAUCAAAUAUAUCCAAAUCCAUCUUGAAGAUGCAAAGUUUCUAAUCUUAAAAGUAGGCACAUAAACUAAAUGAAUAAUAUAAAAAAUGCAUAUAAUCAUAAUAAGCACCAGUUACAGAAUUAGCCAAUAGUGCAGUGCAUGGACCUUCUUUGAUCAAGAAAAGUAAACAUAUUGUCAGUCAUGCUUCCAUCUCCACCUCUAAUUUUAAUACAAAUUGGUUUUGAAUUCAUUGAAAACGAUCAAUACCAAAUUCCAUAUUUGUGAGGAUUAUUCAGAUAUUAGUUGCCAGUGCCUUUUUCCCUUCCACCAACAGGACCAGUGAAAGUGCCUCGGUGUGCAGUGUUUUUUUUUUUUUUUUUUUGUGUGUGUAGUUGAGCAGAGCCGGUCUAAAAGUGCAGCACUGUUGAGUGUGAUGGUAGUGAAGCCAACAAGUAAUGUUCAAAGAGCAGGUGACUAUGGCCAGAAAACGAACAACAAAAAAAAGUUCUAUGUUGUCAUGCACAACCUAGUUUUCAUGCUGUCACGCACUUAAUUACGCCCUUAAGCAGCAAUGUAUUGUACUUUGCAUGAUUACCAUUCCAGCCUAAAAAGGAAUGUCCUCUGGUUGUCAAAGAUUUUGUUGUUGAAGUCUGUCCUUUUCCUUUGGGCACCAUGCAUCCUUUCAGGGUCUCUACCUCAGUGAGGUCAUUGCAAACUUGCUGCAGAGCUGCAAGUUUCAAUGAUGCAGGGCUUCCUAUCCCAUAAUGCAAAAUAGAACCUUAAGUGUAAACUGCACUCAUGCAAUAUUGAAUGUGAGAGUCCCAAAGCAUAGCCUUUACACAAGCACUUACAUGUAGGCCAAGUAGUGUACCACAAUCUCUCUCCUUUUUUCACUUAAAGCUGCGCACAAUCAGGACAUUCAUUUGUAAAGAUGACUUGACCCUCCAUGACUGUCUAUAUAAAACAGUGCCACGUCAAGUUAGAGGGGUUUCACAGGAGAACAUCUGUGUAGAAAUAUAACAGAAAAUUGAGAUCUAUAGUAAUUCAAUCUGUCGUAUUGCAGUACCAGGGCCGUAUCAUGCACUCUAAAAUGCAGCCCAUCGUUUUGCACAACUGCUUCAUUUUGUCGCUUGAACUAUUUUUCUUACUUGCAUUUUUUUUUCCACUGUGCUUGAACAUUUUCAUGUAUCGUUUCUCAGCAUAUUGCAGGGGAAGUGCAGAUAAAUUGGGACAAAAUGUAACAACUACUUGAAAAUCUCCCAUUACUGUACAUUGAUCUUCACCAUACACUAGGAAAAAUGAAUCCAAAUGAUGGUAAGAUUUUGUAUUGUACUGUAUGCUCCUCUUUUUUUAUUAAAGAGAGUUAUUAGUUAGUACUUUCCUGACAAGAUCCCGUAGAAAAAAAAAGCUCCACUGCAGUGCUACUUGAAUGUCAUAGCUGUCUCUGUUGGUGCAACGGCCAUCCUCUGUGGUGCUCAUACAGGACUAAAGCUGUUGUCGUGACCAUGACACGUCAUCUAAAGUGAAAGCACGAUUGUUUUCCCCAGCUGUUUUGAUGAUUUAUCUUCCAAAUGUUUAAUUCAUUGGUAGCUGGUUGGUUAGUUUAGAGAACUCUCUGUCAUUUCGUUUGGAAUCGAUCUUUGUACUGUACUUCUGAAGAGUAUCUGCCUCAGGCAAAGUGAACAUGCUAUGUGUCAGUAACUUAUCACAAGUGCAAAAAAGGAUGUCAUUCAACUUGUCAUGGCCUUUUCCUUAGUGAGACAUCUAAGUACCAAGUAGCAUGAAUCACAAUGCUAUGUAUGGAAUGAUACAAGGAUGUGAUAAUAAUAUUGAACUCAACUAUCAGGAAAUUGUUUGAUUUGGCCUCAUGUUUCUUAUAUCGCUCAGUGUUUUUGAAGAUAAUGGUGAGGGCAGCCUGAUGAAAAUAGAAAACGAUACUCCUCAUGUUAGUAGUGAGGGCAUGUGUGGAUGGUGCUAUGCAUUCAUUUACCCAACAGAAAUGUGCAUUCUUAACAGCAAUAGAAUAACAACAUGUUCAUAAGAUUUUUUAAAUUAUUCUAAAAAGGCAAAAACACAUGUAUUGUGUCAGACACUACUAUUACUCGUCAGAUAGUCACAGCAGGGCUGCUCAUGUACCCACUUCUGAUAGCUUGUUCUGGGAUUUUAUAAAAUUAGUGGGGUUAGAAGUAUAGACAUAAUGUAACGUCAGAGAAAACCAUGUAAAAAAAAGUUUUGGGUUGGAACAAAAGCUGCUAACGGGUUUUAUGAACCCAACAAAAGAGAGUCUGACUGCAGUUCAUCAGAGUAUGAUCAGCUGUUAGUGAAUAGAUAAUAGAGAAGUUGCCUAAAUAGUUUUACUUAUUUAUUAUUUAGCUCAGUUUUAGAUAUGCUUCUGCAACUAUACGUAUAGAUAUCUAAAAAAGACAACAUUAAUACAACUAAGAAAAAUAAAAAUAAAAAGUAACGAAACACAGCGCUGUUUAGAUACAAUAGAAUAGAGGAUAAACAACUACUAUAUACUGCAGUUAUGUAAGGAAAACAAGCUUAAUGUGUGUUAUUUUCUCUUUUUUUGUUUUGUUUGUCUCUGGUGGCAUUGUGACAUGAUUUAUUUCGGACAAACAUGCCUUACACUGGAAUAUAAAAACAAUGUUCCUCCAGCAAGCCAUGAAAAGGAAACUACUGUACAAGAUCACUUAUUACACACUAUGAUACGGACUCUAAUAAACACACUUGAUUUGUGUUUUUGCUUUCAAGACGGAGAACAAAAAGCAGGAUCUGUUCCUGGUCACGGUUGUUUUCCCUAAUUCUUCUGCUGAAACCCUCUGCUACAAUGUAUUUCUACAGAAACCUACUGAUCGCAAAAAAAAAAAACCAAGAAAAAAAACUGCAUGGGCGAUGGACGACUGCAUGAGCUUUGCCUUUCAAGCUGCGGAUCAACAAUAAUACAGUUGCAUUGUUUCAAAAGAGAAACCCUUGCUUUCAUCUGCACCCAGGCUUCCUGUGAGGCCAUGUUCGGGAGUCGUCGUGAAACAUGUCCUUUGCUGGAUUUCUUAAAGCACCUUAGCACUGGCCGCAUCGCGGGGACGACAGCUGGUGUCUGAGCCCAGCUGGCCGUCUCUGGGAUGCUCAGUUUGAGCUUGCUGGGCUCUGAAUGUGAGCAAGGACAACAAGGGCUAGUUUCUUAGACUCUGUGCCAGGACUGAAAUGCUCUUCCAAGUGACAUUCAGGCCACCCUUAUCUCACUCCAGACUGAGGUGAUACUGUGUUGUAGAAAAACCUGUCCAUCAUGUCUCAGCAGGGCCCGUGCCACAGACUAUCCUCUCCACAGACGUCAAGGCGCUCUUGGUUAUCAGAAUGUCUUGAUGCUGAACUAUUAUUUUGCCUGCUGAGGAGCAUCUUAAUGGGACUGAAUGUUUCGGGAUGUUGCACAUCUUGCUCGAAAAAGUUCUUGUUUGCAUUAGAAGUGUGACGGCCAUGAGUUUGUAUUUCCUGUCAAGAAUGCACAUUUAGCUGCUGGUAGAGAAGCCGGGGGCUUUUUGGAGCAAAGCACUGAAGGACUGUUGAACUCUCCUGCUCUUCUUUUCACCCACAAGCAAGCGAAAACUCCAACUGUGUUAUCCAAUCCAGCCAUCAUUGUCAUAUUUGUGUUUACCAAGGAUUAUGCUACAGUGUGUUCAGUUUGUCAGAAGACGACAAAGGCAUGGUCUGUGAUCUAUGCAAGGGUUCUUUGUGUUUUCUUUCUUAUACCACCUAUGGUUUCAUCUUACAUUACCUUCAAUAAAUUUUUAAGGAUCU